CGCGAACGAUACAGAAAAGUAGGAAUCGCAGGUCAGUCGGUUCUGUUCGUGUGGCCUGGUGGCGCUCAUUUUUAAGGCUCCAAAAAUCCAGACAACAUCUUCCGGUAUGACCGAUAGUCGGAAGUUGGCUGGUGUGUCCUGCCGAAAAAGUCAGCCAACCUUGGGGAGGAGACCAGCUAAGGUUGUGCCGGUUGGAGCAUGGGUCGAGUUAGAACCUCCAAAUCAUCGGAUGAAUUGCGGUGCAAUUUUAUCUGCUGAGCAGGAAGAGCGAAGGAUCCUGCAGGCACAAGCGGAGAAGCAAGCCAGACUGGAACGAUUCCGGCGGGAUGUCAGGCAGCGAGUCAGGGAGAUACAGCAGGCUAAACAGCAAGAACAGCUACAUGAGUCCUUCCAUGCAGUUGAACUUCAAACCAAUGUCAUCCAGCAAAGCUCCCAUGCUGCUGAGCGUUCCACGCCGAAGAAAGAUCGCUGCCUCUAUCGUCACGACAAAGAGGCCCUUGCCAUAGGCCAGGCCUCUGACAACGUGACGUCUGGCAGUGAAUCAGAGCCUGAGCCUGUUAACUGCCAGCAGCUGACGGAGCGAUCCCAUCGAGUUCAUCGGAUUGUGACGAAGGCCAGGAGAAGCCUGGCAGCCAAGCAGAUGUUCCAACAACAGAGCCAUCUUCCAGGAGGAUCUUGGGCAAACCAAUACUCACGGGACGGACGGGACAGACAGGAGCAAGAUGCAGUUCACCCACACAGGGCAGAGAGUCAAGAGCGAGUCUGUGAUAUCGAAAGCCAAACUACGGACAGUGAUAUGAAGAUCCCUCAGCAAACAAUCGAUGAACUCUCCAGCUAUGGUGACAUGGAAAACCAUCCACCCUCUGUAUCACAUGACCCUGACACCUUACACCGUUUGGCUGGGGUACCCGCUCCCAAGACGGUGACCUUUGCCAGUGAGCUCGGCAGGGUGAUAGGUCAUGGGGUAAAGGGUCCAGCUGGGAAAGGCAUCAAGGCGUUGACUAAACAUGGCGUCAGAGCUGAAGAGCGGGAGGACUUGUGUAAUGAAUAUUCAGAUCAUAUGCAAAUGAGGUCUGAAAAGGUGGAGUUUAAGAGAAAGCCGAGCCAGAAGGAGAGAGAGCAUGUCAAAAUGAUACCAGCAAGGACUGUCCCAGAGCUGCGCCCCGGUGUUCAAGUGGAAGAAAACAAAAGACGGAUAGGCAACCAGUAUUCCAUGUACCGUCGGCUAUUCAUGGACAUCGAGAGGGAACAGGUGCGAGAAAACAUCCGCAAGAAGGAACACCAGAAGAACAUUCACAGACUCAAAGAGGAGAAAGAGAAGGAACGCCAGAAGGUUGAAGCUGACGCCCACCAGAGGGUGGAGCCCAGGAACCUCCUGACUGGGGAAACCGAAGAGGAGGUGCUCCAGCGACAGAGGGAGGAACAACAGUAUAUGGAACAGGUGUUGCAGAGGGAGAGGAGCAGAAAGCAGAAGAGCACAGAAAUGAACAGAUACAUCAGGGCUCUGAAGGCAACGAUGCGUGAGAAAAUACAACAGAUGGGUGUGGAGGUGCCACCGCUGUGUGCCUGUGGGCCGAGUGUCUGGGAUGCCAACCCGGACACCUGCGCCAAUAAUUGUCUCUUCUACAAGAAUCCAAAAGCAUAUGCCAAGGCCCUCCAUUCACUCCUGGUGUCAUGUGACCUCAGCUAAGAAGAGUGACACCUGCUUCCCUGUCACACCAUGAAACAGUGCACCCAGGAUGCAUGCUGUACUCGUUGUGUAGAAUGAUGACCAGUCGCUGUACAUGUUGCUCCCACAUAUGAAAUUUGUCGGAGGUCAGAGUUGAGGAUGAAGACAACGGAAUGACUGGACAGUGAGGGGCAGCAGUUACGUUACCAUGUGUGAAGACCGGCACAUUCCAUUCCUUCCAUCUCUAACAGUCCACUGUUAAUGUAAAAACAGUCAUUAUUUGUUUGAUCCAUCGCCUGAUGGACCCUGAAAACAUCCUUGCAUCAGAUGAGCUUUAAAGCUUUUCAUGGUAAAGGUGGCAGGUUAAGUAGAUGUACAUGUAUGUACAAGGGUUUGCGGUAGCAUCGUUCAAAAUGUCUCUUUUUUGUGUAUAUAUUUGGUUUUGAGAAAAAAAUGGAGAGUACUCCACGUUGGUGGACCUAACUGCACCAUAGUUGGGCUGAGUCAAUUUGAAUAAUUUAGUAUUCGACCUUCAAUUUGAUUGAAUAUCCAAAUAUUCAGUCGUACCGACUGGCAGAUUGUUGAUGAACAAAUCAUAUACAAAAUCAGUUGCAAGAACGCACAAGUCAUGGAAUUGCUCUAACACUGUGUGUGAUUUCUGUUAUCAGGAAUAUGUGCAUAAAAUGUGUGAUUUUAUUCGCAACUUUAGAAAGUCUGAAUAGUCCCAGAAUUUGCAUUAUUGGGUCAUGCAUUUUCAUUUUCAAUUUCAAUUUGGUCAUGGCAAAGUCAUUGAAUUUAAUUAUCCUUCCGGAGGGAGGAAAUUUGAUUUGCGAUUGGUGUGUCUUACCUGCUCAGCCUGCACACUCGUAGGGUACAAAUUAUUAUCAUUAUCUGCCCUGAGCUUGAAGUGCGCCCCCAGUUGGUGAAAGAAAGACAGAUGGUUACAGCUGGG